AUGGCUCUCGCCGACCUGAAGAUUGGGCAUCCAGCUCCCAGGCUCUCGAGGCCGCGUACUGCGGAGCUGCAUGAGAGGAAUUCCUGGUUGACAAGAUCCAAUUCCGACCACACGCGGGCAGUGAACACAAUGCGCCUGGAUGGGCCACACCCGUUGCGGAUGGCACGCAUGGCCUCUACACACUUCAACGAGGGGCGAAAGACAGAGUUGACGCCAGACCAACGUUGGUUCAAGACCACGGCCACCUCCUUUGCCAAGUACGGAGUCUACCCAGGGCAAGGGCUGCAGGGGAUGUAUAUGCGCGACCCCCACAGCGGCGUGUGGUACAAGGACGACACGCCUGAGCGCCUUUGGCACAAGGAGAAGGAGAUCCCAAGGCCCAGCUCUGUUGCGAAGACCAGCAAGGAUUGCGUGCCCUUGUUUGCCCUGCACGUGCACCUCCACGACAAGCCCUAG